AUGUUCCCCUUGUACGUGACCUGUGUUCAAUUAUGGUUAUCUUGUGCGGCUAGUAAGGAAAUUCGUGUGGCAGUAUUGGUACCAAUAACAGGAACAUUUCAAGUGGGAGAUGGUAUCAGGCCUGUGAUUAAAGCGGCUUUUGAUGAUGUAAACAACGAUGAGAAUUUACUUGUUGGUGUCAAUUUGACGUAUACAGUCCAAAACAGUGCGUGUGACCCAGUAAGAGCGGUUGGGAUAACCGCUGACCUUAUGCAGUCAUCAGCAUCUGUGGAUGCGUACAUAGGCCCGGGGUGUUCGAUAGCUUGCCUCUCUGCCGGUCUCCUCGCACAAUAUUGGAAUAAACCUAUCAUAUCGUUUUCGUGUUCAUCACUGGACCUUCAGGACAGGGACAAAUAUUCCACUUUUGCAAGAACACAGCCAUUUAGCCGCACGUAUUCAGAAAGUACACCUUUAAUUCUAUACCAGAUCAUGCGCAAGUUUAAAUGGCGAAGGGCGGCAAUCCUUGCUAAAGAUGACGGCCUCACGAGUAUCUGGGUACCAAUUGCGAACAACGUUUUGAAUUAUUUCAAAAGUAGCAACUUAACAAUUUCAUAUUAUAAUGUGUAUAAGGUUAUGGAUGAUUUAGAGACGCAAUAUAGAGACGCAAAGAAGCUUCUUGAGGAAACACAGAAACACGCUCGUGGUAAGCUAUUGUAGAACAGAAAAAAUUGUCAAAGAAAGCAAAAUAUUGUUGGUGAGGAUGUACCAUCAAUGUUACUGCUUCAUAGUAUUCAAAAUAAAGAUUGACGGGAAAUAACGUACCACGAAAGGACAUUUUCUCAUUGAAAAUUGCUUUCUCUGAGUCGAUCAUUUACAAUUGUUUACCUUUACCAGAAAGGAUUUCAUUUUCAUACAAACCUUAGUGGAAGAGAAAUUCAACUAGCGGCUCAUAUACAAACGUCUAUAAUGCUGAGAAGUUUUUAGAAAAAUGUAACGUUCAGCCUUAAGUCUGGACGCAAAAGCAUUAGAAAAAAUUUCCUCAACAAAUCAAGCUGAAAAGCGAGUACAAUCCACAUCAUUUUAACAUUCCUUUUCCUUUUUUCCUUUUAGUUAUAUUCAUUUUAGCCCAUAGGAAUGAGGUUGCGCGUCUGCUAUUAAUCGCUAAGGAGCUGGGAAUGCUGGAGGGAGAUUUCGCGUUUGUCACUUUGGAUUUCUACAUAUCAGAAUCUCUAAGAACAUCUUUGGCUAAGAAAACGUGGUCGCUGAGUUGGGAGAAGAUGCUGGAGAUAUUUGAAGGGCUCAUAACUUUGUCUGUUAAAAAACCCAAUGGCUUAGAGCUACAAAAUAUCACAAAAUGGUUAAAUAGAGGCCUUCAGGACAUGCCUGUCUUUCAAAAUCUCACUGCAGUGGUAAUCGUAUUAAUAGUUAUAUAUCUACGAUAUAAGUUUGCGAUUUUGCUUGAUGUUGACACCUGUGCACUGUAAUGGAGAGGAUUCAUGCACUUUUAGCGAGGCGCUCGAUUAUAAAUAAGCUCGGCAUAAAGUGCAGAAUAGUUUGUCACACGGUAACUCAUAUUAAUUUAAUGUUUCAUUGCAGUACAGAAAAAAGACAGAAUGACCCUGACUACUAUGAAUGCUUAUACUUCCCAGAUAGAAAUGCUGUUUCGUUUUCACUCAAAAUAUAAAUCAGAUCGUGAUAGUUUUACUAAUAAACAUGCACUAAAGGAAAAAAUUUUAUACCGGUGUACAAAUAGAAGUACAGUUUUGAGAAGAUUAUCAAUUAACCCCGUUUACUUUCCCGAAAAAUAAAAUAUAUUUUCUAGAUGUUGUGUGAGGAUAAAGCUUGUUCCUAUCAUUUACUUGUCUCGUGGCUCUCUCAUUAGCUAAGAAGUCAUUUAACCAACAAUGUUUCUCUUUUUAGGCAGCGAAGACUGCUCCUUACCUCUACGAUGCCGUUUUACUCUAUGCGCAUGCUCUUAAUCGCACUCUUAGCCAAAGAGGUAAUAUAUCCAACGGCACAACAGUGUUCAAGAACAUGGUCACUAAAACUCGGCUGUUUACAGGUAAACAACAAAGCUUCAACGGGAUUUGCAAGCAUUUUCUGCGCAUAAAUGCUGAUUUUAUAGGCGAUGUUUCAAAGAGUUAUGAUGAGAGGUUGAGGCUGAGAGUCACAGUUGUUUAAUAUAACACAUAUAAAGUAACUAUAAUAAAAAUUCCAAGGCCGUAUGAGAUUUUACAUUUGUUCACUGGAUUCAUAUGGAUGUUCAGUCAAACUCUACCUCGGAUGUUAUUCACAAAAUUAAAUACCUUACAAAGGGGUCUCCUUUCUGGGUCCAUAAGGGACCUCUGAGACCUCCCCUCCCCCCGAAAAAAAAGACUUCAUUUAUGCAUGGUAAGAGAGCUUGAGAGUGUGUAAGCAUGUUACCUGUAGAAGGUCUGUCUCCUUUUUUGAGAGAGGUAUCUAUUGAUGGAGGUAUCCUACGGCACUGCCUAUUCAUAUCUUCUCCCUCCUGGGUACUCAAUGGAUACAAUCAUAUAUAUAAUGUUUGUCAUCUAGGUCAGUAUAAAGCUUAAAUACUUAGUUUCCUUUCUUCACUUCACUUGAGAAAGGGUGAAGAAAAGAAACUUUUCUGGGUUUAAUCGAGCGUAUUCAAGAAAUUCGCAGGAGUUAUUUGUUGUCUCUAUUAAUUGGCAGGUAUGUCUGGACCUGUGAGGAUUGAUGAGAAAGGAAAUCGUGUGCCACAUUUUGUGUUUGAAAAUAUACACAAAAGCAGUGGAUCAGCAUUGCUGGAGCUGGAUUCAAACGGAACUGUCAUAAGGCGUUUCAACGUACGAGCUGUGUGGCCUGGGGGAUCAACUAAGAUUCCUGAUGACGAACCCGAGUGUGUGUUUGAUGAUUCGUGUAAAGGUAAAUUUUGGUAAAUAAGUAGCGAGGGUAGAUAAAGGGCAUUUCUGGAUAACUCUUUCACGUCUGUGCCAAAAGACAGUAUGGAAAAGGACCCAAACAACCGAGCAAACAAACAAACAACAACGAAAAACAACAGGCACAAAUGUUACAGUAACGUAAACAGAAUAAGGUAAUCUUUUUAAAGAAACAAAUUUUCUUCAAUUGUGUCCCUAGAUUUGGAGAAUUACAAAGGUUUUUGCUAUACGUGUACUUGAAGUAGGCUUGAAGCCAUAAAUUCAUAGUUCAGCAUAAGAUUCCAAAAAUUGUUGACAUUUUUCAUCAUGGCUGAAUGAGUACCAUGCUUACUCAAGACUUGGUGUUACGGUUAUAUUGUAUCUUGCAGAUUCUGAUGAGCAUAUGGAAGACUGGUUAAUUGUGGUUAUCGUUGUUUCCUCCUUUGUCGUUGUUCUGGUUCCUAUUUCUUACAUUUUUCACAGGUAAAAUAAUUAUUUAAUUUUCCAUUACUGCACCCUACGGACAUUCGUUUUUAACCUAAACUUUCAGCUCUUCCAAGUCUUCGUGGAUCUCAUCAAAGCCUUCCAUCAUCACCGUCUUAUAAUUGAGGCAGUCGAUGAGGUUUCUCAACGAUUGCAAGCUGCUAAUAGACAUAUUUUUUCUUCUUCUUCUAUCGAAGAUUAGAUUCUUUUUUUAAUCGUCUUCUUCCUCGCAUUAUUCACUAAUAGAUGAUGUGCUUAAACGCGUGGUUCAAAUUGGAUAAAUUUGCAACAUGUCUGAUCGCCAUCAAUCGAUAUUCCUCUCCAAUAAUUUUUUUACUUUUCAAAUCACUUCUAUUGGCGGAGAUCCUAGGAGGAUCUGCUGAUAGCCAAUUCUGCGCUGUACAGUCGCUUACGUGAACAUCCCUUGAAAUUUUAUUCACAAACACACUCAAAAAACACCGAGAUGGUGUGAUUUUAUUCCAGAGUUAUGCGUACGGGUUGCUAAGAAUUCCCUUUUUAGACUUACGCGACGGAUUUAGUCUUUCUCUUUGUUUUCUCUAUGAAUUCCAGGCGUAAAAUGUACGAGAAAGACCUUUUAAAUGACGCUUGGAUCAUAGAUUUUAGCCAAAUCACACUAGGUACGGUGGAUAACAGGUUCGCAAGUAAGGUAAGGAAGUAUGUUGUAAUAAUCGUACAACGAAAGUUGUCUUUCGUGUUCAACAUCAUUUUGAAUGUGUACCAUUUUCUUAAAAAAGAUCUGUUGAAUAGAGAUUAAUUUGAGAGUGACGUCCAAAAUGUUACAUUUGAUAUUAUUAGUCUCUAUCGGAUUUGCCAUUGUUUUGAGCCUAUGAAUUGUAUGUCUGCUACUUCAGUGAGUUUUCCAUCACUGAAGGAACUCAGAUAAAUGAUUUUCGCGUUGAGGUUCAUGAUCAGCGCUCUUGCACUUGACCCAAUAACGGCAUAAUCUUGAAACAACGUGACAGUAACGGAUCGUUGAGCAGACAUUAAGAAAAGGUCUUUGAUAAUCAGUCAUCAGAUACUGAAGAGGUUACUGCUAUUCGCACAACGGUAGUUUACAAACAUGAUGAAAUUAUUACCAGUUCUUUGCUGUUAGAGCCCCAAAGAAUUCUUAAUGCAUUUAAAAUGUCAUAUUAGGAGAAGGGUUUGUGGCUUUUCUAGCUAAUUCAAAUUUCUUUUCUGGCUUUCGUUAUUAAAAAGAUCCAAAAAGAAACUAAUUGAAUUAUGUGAAUUGCACCACCGAGUCAACUGCACUUAUCCCUUCUCCAUCUAAACCUGCGUGGAAUAUUAGCUAAUGAUAUGAUAUUCGAAAGCUACAGGAAACUAAACUGAAAAUCGGUUUCAGAAAAACGAUUUCUUUAGUUUGAUUGUCAUUGUAAUUGAGAUUAACACGCUCAUCUAAGAAAUCAAAACAGAAUGUAUGAUAUAGUAGUAGCUAUUCGUCUAGAACUAAGUGUUCUCAAGCACCGAGUUUGUAGUUUAAAAACGCAUGCAUGUCUCGUUUAAUUUGCACACGUUUACAGUGGAUCUUCGAUGUGGAUGACAACAUUCAAGACAAAGACCUGAGAUUGUCAAGGACUCUCAACAAUAGCAUUGGCUCUAAGUUUACAGUGAGUAAAAAAAAUGACCCGAAGUUAGAGGAUUCCGAGUUGAGUGAAUCUUGCAAAAAUCCAUCAUUGACCACUACUAAAUUGCGUGAGAAAUAUCAGUCCCGGGCUUACUUUGCCUAUAAAAAUCGGUAGGAUGAUCAGUGUUCCUGAUGGCACGCUAAUACGGAAAUCUGUACAAAAACUCUGCGUUCAAGGUAUAUGUUUUCUUAAGGUCUAUAUGAAUUCUUAUUACACAACUUUCAAACCAUUUCUAAGAUACAAGCCAUUUGAUUCAAGCCUGGUCAGUUUAAAUCUGCAACAUAAGGGAAUAAGGGAAAUGACGGCGAAGACGGCGUGUUAUUCGCGCGGGCAUUUUGCUAAAUUAUCACCGCAAGACUUCUGGCGAAGGAUUGCACUUAACAUUUUGCUUUUUUCUAAGACAAGUUCCACCACUCCAGUAAAAAUUUAGCUUAAUCUUCCUUAUCAAUUUUCUCCGGCUAAUUCGGGCUAAAAUGCAAAGCUAUGACUGCAAGAGUAAAGUUAUUUCCAAACAGCUGGUAACGUCAGUUUCACCAAAGUUCCCUUCAUUUCGUUUUUAUCCGACAUAAGUGCACUAAUAUCAUCAUCAGAAACGGAAAUCAUGAUUUUGGUUAUCUGUAAGAGACAACGUGAACAGAUGAAUCUUUGACUCAUUGAAACGAGUAACUGAACAGCAAAAGCUAAUGUUUUCAAAUAAACGCAAACAAACAAACAAACUACUGAUGCUAAAAUACUUUUAAAAUCUAAUUUCCAAGCAAAUAAAUUUUUAGCUUAAAAUAACUAAUAACUUUUUUUAUCCUCUGGCUCAAUCUGUCAACUUAAACAAGAAAUUAGACUAUGAAGAAUCGCAAAAAAAUCAAAUGAUCAUCUAGAAACUUCAACCAAGUUUUAUGACUCAAGCUCUUGACAGAUGCAAAACAUUUUUCAAAAGAUACUUUUAAACAUUGCAAAUUUAAUUAUACUUCCCUGGGAGAUCUGAGCAGAUAAUGGAGCAGUCAAUCACAAGGCGUCAUAAUUACUGAAUUAUUUUGGCUAAAUUGGCAGUAGACAGUCUAAGCCUUACAAUGUAUUUGAUUGAGUUCAAAAACGGUUGCGAUAAGCUUUCUCCACGCUUUGUUACUCUUGGUCGGCAGAAAAUUGCUUUGUUUCCAAAAAAUUCUGGUUCUCAAGCAGCACUUGCACUAGAGCCAUUUUCAAUUGAGUGUCAAAAGUGAUCCGAGGUUGCAUUGGUUUUAUUCUACAUCGCUCUGUGAUUGGCCCAAAAAACUCGAGCCACUCUCUCCACCAGUCAGGCUAAAACCAAGUCACCUCCGUUUUCCCGCUCUUUGGACAGUUUGCUUGUUUUAGUUUGAGCCCUCGUGCUCAUUGGUUCCUAAGGGUACUUUUCUCUCUUCCGACUGGUCGUUAUGAAAACUUGGGGUUUGGUGCCACAACAUUCAAUCGAAUAGCGCUCUUACUGAAACCAAAAGAACUUCACAAUUUUCACAAAGUAAAGGCAAAGUAGUUUUAACGUGAUUUUUCUUUAUUUACACCAGACACUUUUAUCGGAAAUAACCUUGGUCGCUGCCAUCAUGUCAGAAUGUUAUAACUUUUGACUUAACCGAAAUUUAUGUGCUGUAAAGUGUGAGUUACCUUAGCUGUACCGUAACUUGAGUAUACUGAGUGAAUAGUGUUCCCAAAUGCAUGUGCGGUAAUUUAAUCUUUGACCUAGUAACUUUAAAUGGUGACAAAACCUAUUUCGCUCUCUCUCUGGCGCAGGUUAUCAAAAGUCUGAACUCUCGUCAAUCUGUGCAAACUGAAUGGGUGGGUGAUGGAAAACUGUUUCUUUCAAAUGUGGGUCGAUACAAGGUAAAUGGUGAACUACCAAAUAUUUAAGGUCUCAAAUGCAUUUUUGUCGUUUCUAUGCUACUGUAUACUGUUUCAGGUGUUAUAAAGUAACGUUGUUUUAGAUUCUCUAUCUAGUAAGGUAAUUGGAAAUUAUACCGAGCACACGCAACAGAGCUGAAAAACGUCUGCGCCUGUCAGACCGGCUUACCUGUGAAACCAUAGCAACACUAUACAAAACUGGUGGAAGUUUUGAAAACCUUGAGAAGUAAUGUGGUUUUCCGCCUAGCCUAAAACCUAAGUAAAGAGGUUAAACACCGACCAUUCUCAAACAGAAGAACUAAAUAUAUUUUGCGCUUAACAGUUUUCCCUUGCAUACUUGCCGGAAUUUGGCUGUAAACUCUGUCUUUCGUUGCAAAAAUACAUGUAGUUGGGAUGCAGUGAUGUCAGUGCUAGUGUUGGGCGGUAAUCGUCGAUAUUUUCUGUUAAGUUUUUGAAAAAGGCGUCUUUAGUGGACAAAAGAUACUAAGUCUUUCAAUCGUUUUUUCAAAGUUACGGCCAGGUUAAUUGAUGUAUACGUUGUUAUGGAUCAACAAGCGUAAUUUUCUCUUUGUCGGAUAUGUGGAUGCCAUUCAGUUGCCACUACAUACCUACGGUACUCAAUAACGUUUACUCGGCGGAAUUAGAAGGUUACCGUUCAGAGUGUCAUUAAUCGAAGACAAUAUCCUUAAAUAUUUUUUUACGAUUUUCCUUUGGUUUGCGUCCUCAGGGAGAAUUGGUGGCCAUUAAAAGGCUUCAUAAGGACUCCGUACACCUGACACGUGACAUUCUGAUAGAGAUGAAACAAGUGAGUAGGUGAAAUUCAGGCUUGAUGCGCUAAUGGCAAUAACUGUGCCAUGAAGGUCAGAUAUCCUUUCGAUUGGCACUUCCACUCCGACGGCCCUUUCAACUGAAGAGAGUUUUAAUUAUCCGUUAAACAUUGAAACCAAACCUCCCGUCGUGGACUUAUGUCCCGGGUGAGUUUGGCUUCUUUUGAUAAGUUUACGGUUGAGUGGAAGUUUAGCUCGCUUGGCAAAUACAAGUAUUGCUGGUUGAACUGGUUUUCUCCGUUUCUACGCUAAAUACAACGAGCAGUUAAGUUAAAUGAGUUGAUAAUGGGUACUGGCCACCGAAGAGAUAUUCUAUAGCCAUUGUUUUGAGCAUUAGACCUUUUCCGUUUUGACAAAAGGCAAACGCUCGAAGCUUCAGUUUCAGAAUGUCUCUUCGGUGGCCAAUUUACAUCAUCUUAUCAGUUGAAACAACCAAAUAUUCUUUUAACACUCCACUACGAGACAGCACCACAGUCUCUUUAGAGCUUAACCCCCUUAAUUUAUUUGGGGAGACUGUGCGUUAAAUAGAUGUUCCACGAAAAGAAAAAUUAUUUAUGAGGCCUGCCAAUAUCCAACAGAGGUCCAAACUGGUAUAAAUGUUUAUCAUUUUUAAUGAAAUGAAUCAGAAAUAUCAUUUCAACAUAUUUUUAGGUGUGUUAGUGUAUCGUCUGUGCAGAAAAAAAAGAUAAAAUUAACCAUUCCGUGGUGUUUCCUAAUUGUCAGGUACGAGAUAUUGUCCACACAAAUCUCAAUCCUUAUAUCGGAGUGUGCAUCGCAUCCCCAAAUGUCAGCAUCAUUUCUCAUUACUGCUACCGUGGCAGCUUAGAGGUGAGGCAUCAGUUAGACAAUAUAAUUACGAGAAAAAUUUAACAUACACGAUCUCAUGGCGGGAAUGAAGAGGAGAAUCACAUUUCAAUUCUGGUACUCAAAAUCCUCAUAGCCACGAACAAGGUAAAUUAAUAAAUUUUGAAUUUAACGGGAAACCAAACUUUACGUCGCAAAAUUCGUUGAACAAUCAGUCGGAAAAUUAUUUUCACUUUCCAUCAAUUUAAUAACUUGGUUAAAACAGUAGCAGUUCAUUUUUUCUGCCUUUUCGCUCUGUCAACCGUCCAUGCAAUUGAUGUUUCUUCUCAGUUUUGACUGAUUUCUGAUAUUGUUUGAUUUUCCAGGAAAUUUUAGCCAACCAAAACAUAAAACUCGACUGGUUCUUCCGAGCUUCUUUUGCUCAGGACAUUGCCAUGGUAACUGUAUUUAUUUAACUUGUGAUGUCUGAAAUUCAAAAGUAAACAUUCGUUUAAAAUUUCUCAGUUUAAAAACAUUUAAAACAGUUACUUUAGCCAAUUAUAUAUUGUCAGAGCUCUUUACCUGUUCAAUCAAGCCACAAUCGCUCUGACGAAGGGCUAAAGCUCGAAAAGUCGGCUUUUUGCUCUUUUCGGUGGCCAAUUUACGUUUUCAAGUUAGUUGUUACCACUAAAUUACCUACUAUAAUCUCCCACCGACGCAGCACCACAGUUACUUUAGAAACUCACCCCCUUUAUUCACAGGGAUUUAUACAAGUACUUUGAUCUAUAUUAAUCGGCAUCAUCUUUCGUCAAACAUUAGACAACAAUGCGUCGCAAAUGCCACCCUCUAGGUCCAGACCGAACUCAUCUUUGACUUUGGCCCAUUGACUAAAUUUUCUAUAAGUUAGCGCUGGCUAUUUUCGGUAAUUGAAUUUUAUCUGGCUGCAAUUAUUAGUUGUUGAAAUUAAUAAAUCGAAGACGCUCGAAAACUCAGCUCGUCUCAUUUAUAUAAUUUAAACAUUUUUUCACAGGGGUUGUGGGUUCUACACGCCUCCCCUGUACACGUACAUGGUCAUCUUAGGUCAUCCAAAUGCUUGAUUGACAGUCGUUGGGUUUGUAAAGUAUCUGACUAUGGGCUUGGCUUGUUAAAGAUUGGCCAAAGAGCACAUGAAAUCAGCGAACAUGCUAAGUACAGGAGUAAGCUUAAUCAACUUUUGCCACUUUUUCUUACAUUAGUCUAAGAGCUUUUUAAAUUGAGAUAUUAUUCUAAGUAUGAAGAGUGACAAUCAUUUUUUCAUAUUUGCUUUAGAAUUGUUCUGGACCGCGCCGGAGCACCUUUGCGAAGAUGCCAUUCCACGUUAUUCACAAGCGGGUGACACAUACAGUUAUGGAAUUAUCCUCAGUGAACUUCUCAGUAGAGAGGAACCAUAUUCUUCACACUGCGUGGAUCCCAAAGGUGACUGAAAGAACCUGCAGCAGGACUUCACCCUGGCUGCGCAAUCUAAACAUCUUAAAAAUAAUUUCCUUCGUGAAGUCGACCCUGUGGCCAAAAACCGAAUUUGGGAGGAGGAUGUAUAUCAAUGCAGUUCUAUGGAAACACAACGGAGUCUAAUUGACUUUCUUAGUCUUUUUAAAAUUUUCUAUUGAAAGAAUACAUCAGAGGAGGUCGUAGAAAUUGAGAGAAAACAAAGGAGUCAGUAAAUUAAAGUAACUGUUGUCAAAAUUGGUUGCCAUGUUCAAAAGAGAUCAAAAACAGAUCUAGUAGCAAGAAGGGCACUAAGAAAAUAGAUGUUCUAGAGAUUAUCGCAUUUCACUGGCUAACGGAUUUUAAAUUAAAAGUAUUUCAAUAAAGAAACCGUAAAAGUUUGCAGUCGUUUGUUAAUUGUAAUUAUCUUUUAAAUAUUAUUUACUCUUUGUUUUUUCUUAAGAUAUCAUCGACCAAGUGAGGAAAUGUCUUGUUCCUCCUUUCCGGCCUGACCUACCGAGUGAAAUCAGAGACAACGAAGGCAUCAUCCAUUUGAUGGAAACAUGUUGGGAUAACGAUCCUUCAAUGAGGCCAGCAUUUUCGGAAAUAAAGUCAAAGUUAAAGUCUCUCAACUGCGGAAAGUAAGAUUUUAUCAUGUUAAUUCUGACGUUUUAAGUUGUCAGACUGAGAAAUCAGCUGAUGGUAGGAUAAAACUUGAAAGGGCUUUAGAUUCACACCAGUUUUUGUUGUUGACAUGACCAUUUUCAGCCAAGGAAGGACACGAAAUCACAGUGCACAUAUAUCCGCGCAGAACAACUCUCUUGAGCAUAACGAAUAUGCACGCAUGUGAAAUGCAACACUGGAUUAGUUACUUUGAUCAUUCAAACACAUAACAGGGUUUAAGCUCAUCGUGGAAGUUUAUUUCAUCGCCAUGAAAUGAUUUCCAAACAAACCUUUGGGUACUGAAUCCCUUUUGCUAACAGCGCUUGUCAAUGAAACAGGAGAUAACAAAAGAAAUAUUACGUCAAUCAAACGAGAUAAUAUGAGAGAUCAUAGCCUUAGUGAAAACGAUUUUUCCCAUUUUUCAGGAAUGCUAACAUUGUAGACAAUAUGAUACGUAUGAUGGAGGACUACACAAACCAGCUGGAAAAUCUCGUAGACGAGAGAACGAUGCAACUAGCAGAAGAAAAAGCUAAAACGGACGAGCUUCUUUACAAAAUGCUUCCUAAGUAAGUGUAAAAACGCUUUGCUCAUACUCCAUUCUCACCAGAGCUUAAACAUGUUUUAAAGCUGUUUUGCUAUUAGCACGUUUGGAAAUUGUUUUCUGCAUAGAAACUGCUUCAACUGAUGUUUGUCGACUUAAAAUGUAGUACAUUGAGUCAGUGGCUACCUGAAACCUGUGAAAAAUUCAGUUUUUUAAUUCUCUGUAUUUUCAUUGUGCUAGUUAUUGAGUCGUCAAACAUCAGUUUAAACAACUUCUAUAUAGAAAACAAACAUAAACCGUGUUUAACAAAACAGCUUUUAAAGCUUUGAAAUAAAUUGUUAGGAUCAUAUCAUUUAUAUAAUCGUAACUAUCAAAAUUUUGAUUACAACAACUGUAUGUGUAAAACUUAUCUAUAGCAGUAUUAAAAUAUGUUACCCAUAUUGUCCAAACGUCUUUUCACGGUUCACGGAAGGUAAUGUAUGCUUUAAUGGAAUAGAUAGGCAAUAGUCAGCUUUUACUUGAACACUACGUAAAAUAAAAUUUUUCAGUUUUGUAUCGUAAAUUUUCGUUCAGUUAAAUCUGGCUUAACUAAACAUGUUUUCCUGCUGUGAAUGUGGCAUUAGACACCCCCCCUCCCCCGAGUUGAGUAUUUAGAAUUGGAUACAGCCUAUGCUCAUUGUUUGACAACUUGCUCCAAAAUGAAAAGGUAGGACUGAGAUGUCUCACGAUCCACGGGAAUAAAUGUAAGAGCACCCUGUGAACAGGUCAACGCAGUCCACCAAGCCUAUGGCCCUAGAACUCGUUCCUGUUCAUUUGAAUGAUUUUUUUUUUACAAUUGCUUCUCAUUUUCUAGACCGAUCGCAGAAGAUCUUAAGCUGGGAAGAUCAGUGACAGCAGAAAGCUUCUCCUCAGUGACCAUUUACUUCAGCGAUAUCGUGGGCUUUACGUCAAUAGCUGCUAAAUGUACACCAUUACAGGUAAUGGGCGCUUUUUUCAACCUUUUGAGUGCCAGUUUUUUUUCAGUCCUACGCCGAAGUAGAGGAGUGGUAAAUUUGAUAAAGAUCGUAUCGAAUUCUUGAUGUUACACCUGAAAAAAUGGUGAAAAUUGUUCUUUCAUUACUACAUGGUUGUUUUUCGCAGGUAGUACAUUUUCUGAAUGACCUGUACACCUGUUUCGAUAAUGUUAUUGACUCUCAUGAUGUUUACAAGGUGAGCUCUCUUUUAUAUUUGACUUGCAACAGGCAGUACGUGUAAUUGCUUCAAGCCUGCCCCUUGACAAAUCAAUCUGUUCAGUAAGUCACCUAGAGUACAAGUUACACCCUCUGCAAUUAAUCCUCUGCUGUUGGACAGCAUGUUAGGGAGAAAUGUACCUACCUUUCCUUCUGUUUCUUUGUGAGGUGUGAAACAAAUCUUUGUUGUAAAACAAUAGGUUGAGACAAUUGGUGAUGCGUAUAUGGUGGUAUCAGGUUUACCGGUCAGAAACGAUAACAAACAUGCCGGUGAGAUCGCCACGAUGGCGCUAAACCUGCUCAGCUCAACCAGAGACUUUACCAUACAACACAUGCCAAAUAAAAGGCUUCAGUUACGAAUUGGGAUUCAUACAGGUCAGUAUCUACUUAGAAUAUGAGGCUGAGGUAUUCGUUAAAAUGCAAGAGAAAGCUUAGAGCUUGGCUCGGAAAACACAGCGUACAGUAAGCUUCAAAAAAGUGGGAUCUUUAUUUUAUACAUUAACCGUAAGCGUAAUGAAGCAUGGGGUUACUAUGGAAUCUCGCCAAAGUUACGAGUGUAUGUAUGAGGAAAUGAUAAAGUUCGUGUGAUCUGCACUUGUUCUGGAAUUUUGCUGAGAAAACAGCGUCGCCCUGCGAGUGUGGUUAUGAACUGCCGGUCUCUAUCAGCUUAGCUUUCUGGUGGCGCGUCGUUUGUGCGUGUAUCAGCCAAAAGAGUCUCUAGAUCUGAGGUUCGUUAAUUAAUAGGACUAAAUUCGUUUACUUUUUUUUUACUAUGCUUGUUUUGCCGGAUAAUGUUCCUAUAGCCUGUAUUGUAAAAUGCUAAUUUCUUCAGAAGUUGUGGUUCAAAAAAGUGUAUUCCACAGCAUAAAAAAGUACGUACAAGUAGAAAACUCGAAGAUUGAAGCCUCUCUACUGUUCACAAUUACAAUUUAUGUACCAAGCAACGCCAAAGAGAAAGAGGAUACAGAUGUAACAAAAAAAAUGUAUCACAAUAUAUUUCUGUCUGCUUAAAGGUCCGUGUGUAGCUGGAGUCGUAGGGCUCAAAAUGCCUCGCUACUGUUUGUUUGGAGACACUGUGAACUACGCGUCAAGAAUGGAGUCUAGUGGACUUGGUGAGUAGUUUUUUUUGUUGAUCAUGUUGCUAUAGUUCGGAUUUUUUAAAAUUUUCUUUCUACAAUAUAUCUUUUCUUAAAUAGAUAGGAAUUGAUCGAUUGUAAGGAUAAUAUUAUUUCUAUAAUCGCAACUAUCAAAAUUCUGAUUACAAUAACUGUAUGUAUAAAAACUUAUCUAUAGCAGUAUUAAAAUAUGUUAAUUACCCAUAUUGUCCAAACGUCUUUUGUCUACGGAACGUACUGUAUGCUUUAAUGGAAUAACAGCGAAUAACAGCUGGAAUGAUAACAAAGAUGAUAAUAAUAAUAAUAAUCAUAACAAUAUUAGUUGUAAUAAUGACAAUAAAAAAUAAUAUCAACAAUGGUAAUGAUGAUGAUAAUAGGGGUGAUAAAGAUGAUAAAACCAAUAAUAGCUAGCUUAAAAAAUUGUUAUCAAAAAAGAACUUCUUAGUCAGCCUCAACUAGUACAGACGGGCUAUUUGAACUCAAAAACAAACGAUCUUGAGCAAAUCAGUUCGCCAAAGGCCAGCGACGAAAAAAAAUAAAAUCUGGCGGAAAAAAUCCUGAUAUAGUUCAAACAUAAUUGACACUUCAGCCUUAAGAAUCCACUUGAGCCCAGAAUGUAAAGUAGCCUUAGAUCAACUUGGAGGCUUUCACCUUGAAGAAAGAGGACCUGUCUCCAUUAAGGUAAGUAACUGAGUCAAACGUAAGUGACUUGAUUUAUAAGCGGCCAUGUCAUGAAGCUAAGCAAUAACUUGUCGUUCUCGAACUAGUCAUGCCAAAAUAGUAUCAAAAAUGACCACAAACAUAAUGAUGUGUAAAAUUUCAAAAAAGUUAGACUGAAGAGUAAAAUCUAAAUUGUAUAAAUAAUAUGUUCUUUCAGGUAUGAGAUUACAAAAAUAAUUGACUAAAUCAAAAGAAUAGGAAAUUUUGAUAAAAGUCAGCUAACUUUCCAAAGGAGCACAUCAAAUUGACUUUACCGUAGGCGCGUAUAACGCGUUGGAAAAUUUUGUAGAAUGAAAGAUUAGAAAACAUGCAAAACCAAUUUAAAUGGAAAAUACAUAUUUCCGUGUUAGCACAUCUAGGCUUACACACUACAUGUCUCCUUACAAUACAGCCAUGACCUUUGAUUUGUUGUUCAUGUUGCCGAUAUGAGUUUUGUCAUGGUAGGAAGUCACGUUUCUUCAAAAAUUUCUUCCUUACAGGGCAAGGGAACGAUAACAACCCAUUUUCUGAAUGGGAAGGAUGGUUUUACGAAACCUCUCCCCGAUCUUUGUGAAGCAGCCCCGUUGACCGAACACGAAUUUAAAUAGCCUUUGCGACGUGUGCCGCAUCCUUUUGAAGCUACGCUGCGCCCACAAGCUUCGUGUACUCAGUUACAACAGCUAAGAGCAUAAUGCCUUCUGUUAAAGAAAGAAAGAGAAAGAAAGAAAAGGUCCUCGAAUUCAUUUUAACCAUUAGGUAAAAUAUUAAACUACGACAUAUUUAAUCGGGUGGAUGAUAGCAAGAGGCUGAUUACCUCAGUAUUCUAUGACACGUACAAUAACCGUUACAAUUUCCUCAACUGUGAUUGGUACAUUGGCUGCUUUAUUCUCAACUAAUCAUUCUGCACAGUUGUAAUCAGACUGUGUAAUUGGACGGUUGCUUGUGAUCGGACGCCUACAAUCAGACUGCUGAAGCAGCCAAUUUUACUUAGUCCACUCAGCUAAAUCCACCAAUCACAGCAUUGAUCACAAUAACCAUAGUGAUAACUACUUAUCCUGC